CUGUCCUGUUUGCUUCGUCUCCCAUUAAAUCUAAAAAAGUAGCAAAAAUGGCCCCCGUCGGCACUCUCCACGUCUUCCCUGGCAACCCUCGCACUCGCCGUGUCGAGGCCGUCGUCGCCCUCACCGGCCUCGACGUGACCAUUGACUCGACCCCCAACUACGCCGACGGCAAGUACAAGACCAAGGAGUUCCUUGCCAAGUUCCCCCUCGGCUACCUCCCCGCCUUUGAGGGCGCCGACGGCUCGCUCAUCCAGGAGUCUGCCGCCAUCUCCGACUACCUCGCUGCCCUUGCCCCCAACUCCAACCUCGUCCCCACCGACCCCAAGGACUUUGGAGAGGUCCGCCAGUGGCAGGCGUUCGCCGACCAGGAGAUCUUCAUCAAGCUCGGCGUUGCCGGCAAGAUCCUCCGCGGUGUCUACCCCUACUCGAAGGGCAUCUUUGACGCCAUUGUCAAGGACGCCGUUGAGCGCCUCGCUGUCCUCGACAAGGUCCUCCUCAAGAAGACCUUCCUCGUUGGCGAGCGCCUCACCAUCGCCGACGUCUUCGUCGCCUCGGCCGUUGCCAACGCCUUCGCUCAGCUGAUCGACGCGCCCCUCCGCGCCAAGAUCCCCAACGUUGUCCGUUACGUCAACACCGUCAUCCGCUCGCCCAAGCUCGCCAAGGUCUACGAGGGCCUCGAGUUCAUUGAGAAGCAGCCCGCUUACGUUCCCUCCGCCAAGGCUGAGAAGCCCAAGAAGGAGGAGAAGCCCAAGGCCGCCAAGGAGCCCAAGGCUGCCCCCAAGAAGAAGGAGCCCGAGCCCGAGGAGGAGGAGCCCCUUGUCCCCGCCGAGGUCAAGGUCAAGAACCCCCUCGACGACCUCCCCAAGUCGACCUUCAACCUCGAGGAGUGGAAGCGCCAGUACUCGAACCUUGACACCCGUGGUGCCAACGGCUCGAUCGAGUGGUUCUACAAGAACUUUGACAACGAGGGCUUCUCUAUCUGGAAGGUCGACUUCAAGUACAACGACGAGCUCACCCACGUCUUCAUGUCGGCCAACCAGAUUGGCGGCUUCUUCAACCGUCUCGAGGCCUCGAGGAAAUACCUCUUCGGCUCGGUCGGUGUCCUCGGCAAGAACAACGACUCGGUCAUCACUGGUGUCCUCAUCCUCCGUGGCCAGAACGCCAUCCCCGUCGUUGACGUUGCCCCCGACUACGAGUCGUACGACUUCAAGAAGAUCGACCUCGCCGACGCCAAGGACAAGGAGUUCUUCGAGGCUUCGCUCGCCUGGGACCUUGUCCAGGAUGGCCGCGAGUGGGCCGACGGCAAGAACUUCAAGUAAGGAGUGGUGGUCGUGGAGGUGGUGGUCGUCGUAUCGGAGCCCACCUGUUGUCCCGUAGCUGGCGUCGCGACGCCAAGCCGCGAGCCGUUGAUAGAACGGCGUUGUGUAAUGAAUAAUGCGACGCAACGACGCGAGCG